AUGGCCUGGAGGAACCACAGCACCGUCACUGAGUUCAUCCUUCUUGGGCUGUCCAUGAACCCCCUGAACCCCCAUGUCCAGGCUCUGCUCUUUGUGCUCUUCCUGGGGAUUUACCUCCUGACCCUGACGGGGAACCUCAUGAUGCUGCUGGUGAUUGGGGCUGAUUCCCACCUCCACACCCCCAUGUACUUCUUCCUCAGUCACCUUUCUUUCCUGGAUCUUUGCUUCUCUUCUGUCACUGUGCCCAAGGUGCUAGAGAAUUUCUUGUCCCAGAAGAAAACAAUCUCAGUAAGAGGUUGUCUGGCUCAGGUCUUCUUUCUAUAUGUCACCGCAGGGACAGAAGCCUGCUUGCUGUCAGUGAUGGCCUAUGACCGCUAUGCUGCCAUCUGCCACCCUCUGCUCUAUGGACAGAUCAUGAGCAAACAGUUGUAUAUGUUGCUUGUUUGGGGUUCUUGGGGACUGGGCUUUCUGGAUGCAUUCAUCAAUAUCCUCCUGGCUAUGGACUUGGUAUUCUGUGAGGCCCAAAUCAUUCACCAUUUCAGCUGUGAGAUGCCCUCUAUCCUCCCUCUGUCCUGCUCUGAUAUCUCCAGGAACAUCAUUGUCUUGCUCUGUUCCGCAUUCUUGCAUGCACUGGGAACCUUCCUCUUGGUCUUCUUAUCCUAUGCACGCAUUAUCUCCACCAUCCUGAGAAUGAGCUCCACCUCAGGCAGGAGCAAGGCCUUCUCCACCUGCUCCUCCCACCUCACUGCAGUGACACUUUUCUAUGGUUCAGCUGUGCUGCGUCACCUUAUGCCAAACUCAGGGUCCCUAGUGGAGCUGAUCUUCUCUGUGCAGUACAGUGUGAUCACUCCCAUGCUGAAUCCCCUCAUCUACAGCCUGAAGAACAAGGAGGUGAAGGCAGCUGUGAGAAGAACUUUGGAAAAGUGUUUACAACAUAUCAGGUGCUCCAGUAAGGACAGAAGAUGGUAG